UACAUGGAUACGAAUGUUGCACUGCGGCAUAAUUCACUUCUAGAGGCAAGAAUUUGUUCACCUAACUGUGCUGCUAAUACAGUCUCAGAUGUUUCCGAAUGCUAAUUGAUGCCUGCUGCUAUAAAUUGGAACGUCGCAAUACUGUAAUUUGAAAUCAAAUACAGCCAAUUUCUAAUUUCUUCGAAUCAAUUCCCGACCGAAACAAUGCCAGAUGUACAUUGUAAUGCUAUACGUAUACGAGGCCCAGGAUAAGGUUGGCGAAUAGAACAAAUCGAUUAAACUACAUUUCAAAAUCAACAUUACUUUGGGCAAGAACUUGGUACUUGGUGGGAGAUUCAAAGAAUUGACUAAUGGCGCUGGUAGAGGAGGCAGAGAAUGCGCCGUUGAGUCAUUCCUUCAGGCUUGUCAUAUUGGGCUCGCCGAAGACAGGUAAAACCAGCAUCGUUUCAAGAUUCUUAGACAAUAAAUUCACAGAUGUUUAUACACCUACCAUUGAGGAUUUUCACAGAAAGGUUUAUCGUAUACGCGGGGAGGCGUAUCGACUUGAUAUCCUGGACACAUCUGGGAAUCAUCCUUAUCCAGCUAUGCGUCGUCUUUCUCUCCUCACAGGAGACCUCUUUCUGCUUACAUACAGCAUCGACAAUUUCGAAUCAUUUGAAGAAGUAAAAUGUCUCCGAGAACAAAUCCUAGAGACAAAGGGAAUAACUCCGAACCAACGAGAAAAGCUUCUAGAGAUCCCAAUGGUUGUUAUUGGAAACAAAGUCGACAAAUCAGAUUUACGUGUUGUGGAUAGAAAUCUCGUAAAGGACUAUUGUGCUUCUCAGAUAGGAGUCGCUCACAUCGAAGGCUCGGCAAAGAAAGAUAUUAACAUCGAAGCAGUGUUUUUAAAACUGUUUAUGAUGGCGCAUCUACCGACAGAAAUGAGUCCUUCUUUACAUAGAAAGGUCACUCCUAAUUACGUCGGCAGCUCCAGCCCCAAGGGUCUUAGGGCUGUUGGACUUCGGCGAAAACUAAGCGAUGCAUGCGGUGCAAUCACACCCCAUGUGAGAAGACCAAGCAUACGCACUGAUCUCAUGAUUAUACAAGCCAAACAAAGUAGUACAGAUAAAGAUGAUGUAAAACGAAAAGAAAGUAAAUGUUGUUUAAUGUAAAAUUAAUGUCCUUUGCAAAAUAAAAAGUAGGAAAAUCCAUGGAUUAUCCAAGUUAAUUCUAUUGAUGAAAUGUACUUAGAAAUUAGCAGGCUAAACAUUCAAAAAGCCCGCGCCUG